UACUCUUCUAUUUUCUCUCUUUUGCACUACGCGAGGACGAGGCGGUGCGAGGCGGUCGAGAGCGGUAAACGUUCGUGUUCAUUGUAGAAACGUGAUAACGCAAAUGUCGUGCUUGUUCGGCGAAAAUUUGAUGCCAUAACCUUGGAAUUUGAGAACACCGGCUUGUUAAGUUCGGUUAACCCAACCAGUCGAUGAAUAAUUCGAUCGGGAUGGAAGCGGUCGAGGAGAGCGAGCCCAACGUUCUUCGGGAAAUAGUGAGCGACGAGGAGCUGGCGCAAAUCCCGAGAGAAUUAACGAGGAAGAUCAAUGCGCACUUUAACGCAAAAUUCGAGGAGUUCAUAACCGCCAAAGCGAUUUUCGAGACCAACCGAAAAUGCCUGGAGCAAAAUUGGAGCAAGGCACAGAAGGAACUUGCUGAACACAAGUCAAAUCUCGAGGAGUACAAAGGAAAGUUAGAGCUAGCGGAAAAGAGCAACACAGAAACGUGUAGCAAUCUUGAAGGGGUGAAAAUAGAAGUUCAUCGAUUACAGGAAUCUGUUAAACGGUUGGAGAAGGAAAAUGGGGAAUUACGUAGACAGAGAGAUACAGCUACAGAUGAGGCAAAUGCCUUACAACUACAAGUCGAAAGGCGAGAUACUGAAAUCGAAAGAAUGCGUACUGAAUUAUCAUCUUAUAGCUCUCAGCUUCAAACUGCUAUUGCAGCCAAGUGCCAAACUCUAGCGGAGACAGAGGAAAUUCGCAGUCGCGAAAUGACCUUAGAUUACAAGGAGAAACGACUGGAGCAAGAACGAGUGCUUUUCUCGCAACAAAUAGCAGGUCUCGAAGAAGAGCUAGCUAAGAGGACCUCUGAACUUCAGACAGUAAGAUCUGAAGCCUCGGCCAGAGCUCUUUUAAUUGACACCAAGCUGUCCCAGCGUGAGGAAGAAUUAAGAAUAACCAAUGAAGCCAAUUCUCAGCUACGAGAGUCGGUGUCCUCUCUUCAAAAGCUUUGCGAUGAACUGACGCAAAAAGUCGAACAGCAGCGAGCUCACGAAAUCGCCAUAAAUGAUUCCUAUCAGAAAGAAAUCAAUGCACAGAAAAAUUUAUCCAGCUUAUACGAGUCGAUGAAGGAUGAUGCUAACUCCAAGUCGGAGGAACUUUCUAACGCGGCGAGCGAACUGCAGAAACUUGUAGAUAGCACCGCGGAAGAGUACGGAAUUUUAGAGACGAAGUACAAUCAGUUGUUACUUCAGCACAAGCAAGAUAUUGAUGAAAAGGAGCAGAAUAUCCAAGAACUGACAAAGGAACUGGAACAUGCUAAUGAAUUACUGAAGAACAUCCAACAAGAGCAAUUGAAUCAAGCGGUAGAGCAGUUGGCACCUACAGCAGCUAUAACCAGUCGAGUGCUACGAAAGGGCGCAAGCCUUACGCAAAUUUAUACCCAACUAGUCGAAGCCACUAAUGAAUUAGUUUUGGCGAAGGAAGAAAAUGGACGCUUAAAGUGUCAGAUGGACGCGAUUCUUCGUGAACUCGAGCAGAAGGCGCCAUUACUGCAGCAACAACGUGAAGAUUAUGAAGCGGCUAUGACAAAUAUCGCGACGCUGACAAAUAGGGUGGACGAACUUCUUGCGGAAAAUCAGCGUCUUCAUGAAAACUCCGACGAGGCUAACCGUCUUGCAAAGCAUCACACUAAAGAAAACCUUGUGUUAAAAACUCAAUCGGCUGACCUGGCUAGACAAGUAUGUUUCUUGCUCAAAGAAGUUCAAGAAAACCGCACCGGUACCCCUGUCGAAACUAGAGAUUUGUCUUCUUCCGUUGACACAGAUGAUAUCCUGUCUUCGCAGAUCAUUGGCAAGAAAUUGGUGACCUUUAGAAAUAUCGAGGAACUGCAGGAGAAUAAUCAGAAGCUUUUAGCAGUUGUUCGUGCGUUGUCAUCCAGGCAGGAAGAAAUCGAGCGGGCCACCAACGAAAUAAAUUCGGGCGAGAUGAAGGAGAAGCUGGACCAUUACAUGGAACAGUUGGCAGACAUGCAGGCUGCACAAGAUAGGCAGUCGAGGAUGUUUGACGGUCUUCUGAAGCAGAGAGACAUGUACAAGAACAUGUACCACCAGAUAAAGAAUUCCGGCGAGAAGAGGAAAGAGGAAGUGGAAAAAGAUAUCGAAGAAGGCAAGUCCAAGUCGGAAGAGAAGUCGAAGACGAAAAGUGAUGAGGAAAAAGAAAAGUUGUCCAGCAAGCUAAAGGAGGCUGAGGAUAAGUUUAAACAUAUUUCAGAUGAGUAUGAGACAUAUCGAAAAGACCGAACCGCGCAUGAAAAGAUGUUGAGCGAGGAGGUUGAAAAGCUUAGGAAAGAGGCGGAAGCGAAAUCAGGAAGAUGUUGCGCACUGAAAGCGCAGUUGGACUCUGCGAACGACAGAUUUACAAAUUUGCAGACUCAUAUCGCUACUUACAAGACUCAGAUCAAAGCACUCGAGGACAAAUGCAACAAUUACAGUGUCACUAUCAGCAAACAUGAGCAAAGUAUUAUGAUGCUAAAAGACGAGACGCUCGCCGCUCAAUCUCGCUUAUCUCGAGCGGAAGUUCAAUUGGACAAUAUUCGUCAGGAACGUCAACUUUUGAAGGACUCGGAGACACGCCUCCUAAAAGAGCGGGAAGUUUUCCAAAGGGAAAGACACUCUCAAGCACUGCUUUAUGCGGAUGUGGAGUCUAUUAAGGCUAGUUUGGAGCGAGUCCAAGCUGAAGGACAGCUUAGAGCAGAACAAAGGCUCGAUGACGCUAACAGAGAAUGCGCUGCUCUUCGGCGUCGUCUUCAAGAAGAGCAAGAUCGCUUCAGGGAAUUGACGGCUCAUUUAGAGAGACAAUUUACGACCGCUCAAGAAAGAUUGAAAGAAGAACGCGAAUUGAGCGAGAGAUUGAAGACAGAGUUGGAUCAAGCGAGAGAGAUUGAGACUCAAUGUAGUCAAAGAAUUGAUGAAUUGACCAAUAAAUUGAGACAAGCAACUGCCCAUUCUAUUGCUAAACCCUUGACAGGCGAGGAGGAUCUUGUAAAGCGCGUGAAGGAGUUGCAAGUGCAACUGAGUACCUCUCAAGUUGAAGCAAAAUCAUUUUCCGAGCAAUUGAAGGCAGCUAGGCAACAAAGUCAGCAGUACUGCGACAUUGCUGAGAGCGCUGAAACGCAGUUGAGAGAAAUGACGACCGAGUAUAACAAAUGCAAAGAAGAGCUGGAGAACGCCCUGAAAGAGUCACGUGUGGAGAUCAUUUCGCUGCAGAAGAGAGUGAAAGAUUUAAGUGAUGAUCUGGCGAAGAUAUCAAAUGGCAGGCAUGAAACUGACUCGGAAUUAAGAAACAAACUAGCUGAGGCUGAAAGGAAGGUCGAAGAGCUGGACGAGUUGAAGGGUGAGUUGGAAUUACUCAAGAGCGAUCUGAAAUCUGUCUCCGUCAGUGCUAAAGAAGCAGAGGAUAAAUAUGCCAGAGAAAUGAUGCAGCAUUCGUCUGAUUUGCAGAUUUUGGCAAAGUUGAAAGAGGAAACUGAACAAAUUCAAUAUCGACUUGAUAGUCUGACUCAAGAACGAAACGCAGCAGUGGAAGCUCUGGAAAUUGAAAAGUCAGCGUCGAAACAAAGAGAGCAGAAAUACAUCAACGAGAUUGAAGAAUGCCAGAAGAGAAUUACAGAUCUUGAUACGCAGAAUGCGCUUCUGCAUAAUCAAAUUCAGGAGUUGGGUGAUCGAGUAUCUAUCAUGCAAAGUCAGCAGACCAAGAUAAGCGGAAGAGACAGCCCGGAUACUAGUAUGGAAGCUCUAAAUAAGAGUUUCAGCUCUAUGGAGGAAGACUCCAAUUCAGUUGAACAAUUGCUGAAAGUUAUGAAGUAUUUGAGAAGAGAAAAGGAUCUGGCUAUAGCUAAGUCUGAUGUUCUUAGAGCCGAAAAUCUCAGAUUGAAAUCGCAGACAGAGAUAGUAGAGAAGCGAUUGAAAGAAACAGAAACUUUGCUGAACUCUGAACGAGAGAAGGCCGAGAUCGAUGUGAAGACAACCUCUAAGCAUGCGGAAUUGUUGCGUAAAGUGGAGACCUUAAACGCCAUUACGGAUUCUAAUCGAAUCCUCAGAGAAGAAAGAGAUAGUCUCAUUGCGAAGGUGAACCAGCUUACAGCCAAAGUAAACGCUUUAUCGGAGGAAGUAAUACCUCUUCGGGAUGUAUCUCGAGAUUUGACAGCCAAAACGGAAGCUUUGACAGAAGAAAAUACCAGCUUGAAAGGCGAGGCAACCAGAUGGAGGCAGAGGGCGAACAUGUUAUUGGAAAAAGCGAAUAAGGCCAGUCCUGAGGAUUGGCGACGACUUCAGACUGAAAGAGAAAAUUUGAGCAAGCUGUUAACAUCAGAGCGGGAAACUCAUGCGAAGAGAAGUGAGGAAUUUAAUCAAGUGAAAACAGAGAAGGCGAAACUUGAGGAGCAAUUGAUGCAGCUGCAAAAACAGUUACAAACCCAAGAUGAACAAAUAUCGCGAGCAUCGGAAGAGGUUCGCAAAUUGGGUCAAGAGCUUAAUGAAGCACUAGCCGAUUCCUCUUUGAAAGCGAAGGACUUGAUUUCUCUUAAAAAGGAAUUGAGCGAAAAAGAGGUCAUUCUUAAUGACAUUAGAAACAAAGAAAUUCAGAUCCGCAAAAUAGCCAAGAAGUAUAAAACUCAAUUUGAAGAACUCGCAAAAAAUGUUGAAGAAGAGAAGAGUCGCAACGAGGAAAACAGAAACGCGGAUGCCUCCAACGUGACGCAAGAGCGUGAGAAUCAGCUGCGAGAGGAAGGCCGCCAAGAACUACGCCAAGCGAACAUCGAGCUCACGACGAAGAUAGAUGAAGUAACUCGCCAAAUGACAACAGCUCAAAGCGAGGCUGAUAAUCUGAGAAAGGAAAUUGAGGCUAUGAAUCGUAGCAGCGUAGAGAAGGAGGACAGAGCGAAACAAGUCCUUAAAGGCGCCAGGACGAAAAUCAUGCAACUGACAGAGUCCAAAAAAAUCUGCGAGAAAGAAUUAUUAGACCUAAAAGCUAGAUUAGAAUCUGCAGGAGGUAGUGCCGGAGAUCAAGGAGAUGCUGAGCAUGAUACACGAUUACUGGCAUUGAAAUCGCAGAUGGAAGGUCGUAUCUCUAGAUUGGAGCAUGAGAAGUCGGAGAUACAAGCAGAGAAGGAAGCGCUCUUGCAGCGAGUCUCUCAACUCCAGAGACAGUUGUCGGGAGUAAGCGGGGUGAGCGCGACUACGGAGCCACCGACAGCAAAUAUUAAGCCUAUGUCGGCUAGAGCGGAGACACCAUUGGCCAGUAUUAGGCCGAUGAGCGUUGUUGUACAGUCCCGAACAGCUGCCGUCUUGCCGACUACAGCUGGUGCGCCAGUCAUGGUUGCACCGCAUCAGAUGCAGCAGCAGCAGGUGGUGCAUACUACGGAGACGAGCUCGCCAACUAGUAGCCUGACCGACUUCCAGCCGGCGAGUACCAGUACUUCUUCACAGAGUGCACAAACUAGCAGUCUGCGUCAAUUGGUGGUGCAACCGCAAUUGAGUGAAUCGGCGGAAUCGACACAGAGAGAGGAUCCAGAGAGUGCAGAGCCUCUUAACUUGCAACCGCAACAGCAACAAUGCCAGCAGCAACAGCAACAGCAGCAGCAACAACAAACAGUAGCGCUGGUGAGUCCCAGAGUAGAACAGCAGCAACAGCAGCAGAUCACUGUCAGUGACCAACAACAGACGGUGGCGAGCAGCUCUACGCAGUCGGUCAGUACUUCUCAAGCUUCCACGGGACUCAAGAGAGCUCGAGUCUUAGAUUCAACCGCCUCUGGUUCUGGGAUAGUCGAAGGACUGGAUCAUGGGCGUCAGGAGCAAUCGCAGAGUCCAAAAACUAAAAGGAGCAGACAAGACAUUAGUGCGACUGCAAGCGCCAGCGCUUCGGAAGUAGAGUAUCAGGUGCCCACGUCAAGCCAGAGGGAUCAAGAUGAAGAAGUAGAAGAAGGUUGCGUAGUAGUGGUGGACUGUGAUGAGGGUGAAGGUGGGGGCAACCAUCAAGCACAGGAAGAAGAAGAGUUUGACAACGACACAUAUGAAGAGAUAGAGGAGGAGGAAGAAAUGCCGUAUGAAGUCGAAGUUGAGGUUGAACGAGAUAAUAACGAGGUUGAGAUCAUAAUGGAGGAGGAUUCCAGUGUUGAGAUCUCUAGACAAGGUCAAGCUAUUAUUCCUACAAAUCAGCAGCAAUCUGAAGCCAUUAGUAGCGCUGGGCCGACCGGAGAGCCCGCCACGUCAUUUACAACGAGAUCUAGAGGAAUUGCACCUAUGCCCAGGCAGCAACAACAGCAACAUCUUCUUCUGCCACAACAAGGUUACGAAGAUGGCGGUGACGAUUGCAUUGUACCAAGCACUCCUACUCUCUUCGUUCCUCGUCGCGACGGUUUCGGCGAAGCUGUGAGUUCUCCGCAAGUGCCGCAAGGUCGCUUCACCUUUGGAGACCCUUCGGCUCCUACGACAGCUUCCUCUACGCCAUCUUUGACGACGCCUGCAGGUUCUAACACUAGGAUCUUCGGUUCGACUAACUCCGCUGUAGUUGUCCAAGAGAGCCUGGACGAUAGCAGAAUAGAUCUGACACAGUUGGAGGAUGGUGGAACUGGUCGCAGUGUUCCCACGACUCCUCUUCAAGUUUCCCCAGCUGCAGAUUUACCUCCUUCGACUAGUAGCAGUCAAUCUGAAGAACAAGAAAAUACUGUGACGCAUGUUUCUGCAACGGCAACUUCGGGAGACAGUGUAGAAGACCCUAACAUUCCCAGCAUUCGCAUCGUCAGUGCUGACGACCCGCAACGUGGUUCAACUGAAGCUACAGAAUCUAGCGCAACACCAAGCGAAGUGAGCUCGGAGGGUGACAAACGAGUUGAAGAACCGGUAGCCGCAGCAUCCAGCGAGGAUGAUGUCAUAGACCCGGCAGACGCGACGGAAGAAGCGGGAAGCGAACUCGCUGAGGAGGAGGUUGAAGAGGAGAAUCGUGAAGCGGAGGCGUCGCCCUCCAGUAAUACUCGUCAAAGAACGAUGGCGGCCAGCCUGGCUGCCGCAGGUGAUUCCAAUAAUGCCAGAGGAGUGACAGUGAGACGAUCGCCGAGGUCGCCUUUCAGAGCGGCAAGAGGCGCGAGGCCUACACCGAUUGUAUGGGGAGACAGCCAAUCGGGUAGAGGACAACCCGUGAUGCGAGGACACGCAACUAGAGGGGCUGCCAAUGAGGGGGGACGAGGACGAGGAGCGCGCGGGCGACGAAUGCGCUCGAAAUAUCCUUAUGCCCGAUAUUCAUAAUGUCGCACAGCGUCUUCUCAGCGUUUUAUGAAAUUAAUUAUUUGAAUAAUUCGGAAUAUUCGUGAGACGUUUAACUCGUUUGGACAAUUGCUACGUUCUUCCGCGGACGGUCAUCUUUCGCGGCCGAGUGCUUCUAGCGACAACGGGGAGGCGAAAUCAUCUCGAAUGAUUAUUACUUCGAGUAUUUCGGUUGCUUUACCGACUUCUACGAACUGUAAAAUGACCUUUUCUUCGUUUCACGCGGAAAAAGCGCGACUAUCUUCGCGGAAGGCUUGUUGUUGGUAAUAAAUACAGAAUGCUAGAAGAAUAAACAAAAUGUCGCACAAUUUUUCCAUUCUUCAAUAAUAAAUAAUAUAAUUACAUACUCUUUGUUUAUAAAAAUAUUUUACACAAAUUUUACUUGUCAUGUACAUUGAUAAAACUUGAAAUUUAAUUUUUUAAUGCUCUUUUCUCUCUUUUUCAUUAUUAAUUUCAGUUUUAUUUGUACGCGACGCAUUUUUGCCUUUGGCUUCCUUUAAGAUUAGCUACGCGUUAACUCGUUCUACGAGAAUAAUGUAAUAAAUCCGCGAGAAAUCAGAACUCGAAGAUAUGAUAACGGCCAUAUCUGUGUCUCUCAUCUUGACAGGUGAAUAACCAAAUGCAGAAGAAAUCAAUGUUAAUUACGUUCAUUUUCUCACUAACGAUGAAAUAGUAUGCAAUACCCGCGAUACAUUUGCAUUUCAAAGGUUUUUUUUUUACGCAAAUCAGCCAUCGACUAUCAAACAGGCAAUUAAAUAGUCUUUUGCAACACUUGCUUUUGUCAACUACAUUGCGUCAAGGUUGCAUCCGAGAAGUAGUUUGAAUUGCAUUAAUAAAGAAUAAAGUUAUUAUACUUCCUGUUUAAUAUGUUUACGUUUAAAUUACAUAAGUAAAUGCAUCAAGUGUAAGAUCAUUUUAUUAUAAUUAAUAUUUAGUCUAAUGAUAAAUUGCAUUAUAGAUCUUGGCAAUAUAUACAAUUUGAAAAACGUUAUAAAUUUCUUUUUAUAUAAUAUACAUUAUUAAAAAAAUUAAAUUUAAGUUAUUUUCUGUCUGCAUGCUUAUCUAGUUUUAAAAUUAUUUUAAAAAUAGAAUAAGGAAUUCCUUCCCUUUCCGCUUUUUUUCUCGAGAACUAAUCUAUCACUGUGAUAGAUGACUCAGACGUAACGAAUGUUCUUCGAGUGAAUCUAAUAUGUCUGAUUACCUAGUUAAGCUUUUCUAGGAUUUCUAUCGCGCUUGGCUAAUUAUACGUGCGGUGCGGCACCCAACCGGAGUUUCUUACCGUACAGGCGCCACUUUAUCAGAAAUCCUGUGUCCAUGUGCAUAGCAUCGUGUAAUUAACUACUUUAUCAAUUUAUCAUUAAAGAAAAAAGAAAUAUA